AUCCCCAAACCGCCGGCAUUCCCGACGGGAAACCUGCCCGGGACUGGUUUCUUCUUACUUUUUCCCUCUUUUCCCUCAGUAAGAGCAGAAAGUGCAGCUGAAGAAUUUGGGGCUGGAAGCCAAGCAUGCCAGGGAUGAGCUCGCAGGCCUGCAGCUCCCGGUGCUUGGGAUUACAGCGCUGACUGCGGAGUAAGCACCCCUGGGACUGGUCCGGAGCAGUUGGGUGCUGCAGAGCCCAUUGGACACCUCUUCACACUGCUCCCUGCAAGUCACUGGUAGCAGCAGCGAGAUCCCAGCGCCCAGGAAUGAGAAACCUCCACCCCUGAAGACCCCAGCUUUGGGUUUGACGUUGUGCCGAGCCCCUGCCCUCAUCCUGGUCGUGCCUGCCCAUGAUGGCGUUGUGUCUCAAGCAAGUCUUCAACAAAGACAAAACGUUUCGACCCCGAAAGAAGUUUGAGCCGGGCACCCAGCGCUUCGAGCUGUACAAGAAAGCCCAGGCCUCCCUCAAGUCUGGCCUGGACCUGAAAUCAGUGGUGCAGCUGCCUCCCGGUGAGAGCAUCAACGACUGGAUCGCGGUGCACGUGGUGGACUUCUUCAACCGCAUCAACCUCAUCUACGGCACCAUGUCGGAGUACUGCACGGAAAAGAGCUGCCCCAUCAUGUCUGGUGGACUCAAGUACGAGUACAGGUGGCAGGAUGAUAGCAAAUACAAGAAGCCAACCAAGGUGUCGGCUCCGCAGUACAUGUGUAUGCUGAUGGACUGGAUCGAGAUGCUCAUUAACAACGAGGACAUCUUCCCCACCAGGAUAGGUGUUCCCUUCCCCAAGCAGUUCCAGCAAGUUUGCACUAAGAUCCUCACCCGGCUCUUCCGUGUCUUUGUCCAUGUCUACAUCCACCACUUUGACAGCAUCAUCAACAUGGGUGCUGAGGCUCACGUCAACACCUGCUACAAGCACUUUUACUACUUCAUCAGGGAGUUCAGCCUCGUUGACCAUCGGGAGCUGGAGCCUUUGAAAGAAAUGACAGAACGAAUUUGCCACUGAAGCAUUUUGGCAAGCAAACUCAGCUGGCUCAUUUGGAGUCCGAUGGGACAAGACACCCUGUGGUGGGAGAACUCUUCCUGAGGACUCACUCUGGGCAUUUCAACUCAAUGAACUAUGAAGACUGCAGAAGAGCCUCUUCAAACCACAGCCAAAGCCUAAGCUUGCAAAGCAUCUCUGGACAGAGAUUUUGGGGUUUUUUUUAUACAUCCCAGCCUCUGUUGUAUGGCUCCUGCCUUAGAAAGCCACUGACUUACUGGAGAACAAGGCAAGUUUGGUUGACGUUUGCACACUCUGGUUUCUACGACUCAAUCCCACAUCUGCUAGCAUCCCCUCAGCUACCUUUCCUCUUGUUUUGUCCUCAGCUACACUGAUCUCCAGACGUUUUAUCAGUGAUUCCUGCCCUGUGGGCAGGUGUGACCUUGGCUACCGAGUAAUGCCUGUAACCAUUCCCACAUGCAGUGGGUUUGUGAUAACAUCUGAGAUCAGCUCUGCAAAGCUGGUGACAUUUGAUCCAAGCUGCCUUCAUGUGGUUAGUUGCUGAUGUACCAUUUUAAACCACAAGCUAUGAAUGUCUCUCAUUCUGCCCUAAUUCAUGCUUUACCAAAGGGACCAUUUUUCCUUGCAAGGGAUUUUUCAUGUUUGGCAGAGGGACUUCAUGAUGUUCUAAGAUGCAUCCAACACUGCCUGGACUAGUGGCAAGGUGGCCCAAUGACUGACGAGGUGAACUAGUCCACUCUUCAGUGUGAUCAGCACAGAGAGAAAGACUCAGAAAGUGGAGGAAGCUGUUGCCAGAAAACAUCAUUUUCAACAUGUCAGCAUUUCCUGACAUGUCUUGGCUCAAGAUCAGCAGAUGCUGGCUGCAGAAACUGAUGUUUUUCCAUUUGCCAAAUCUAUAGGAUAGUAAAUCAGGUGGAGAAGGACUUUGAGACACCUAA